AUGUCGAGAAGAACCAAUAAGAUAUUAGGACUAGUAAGUGAUUCUAAUGGUUGUAAUAUUAAUUAUAAAGUUCCUAAACCACACGUGCGUAGAAAUUUAAUCAGAGAGCUAAACUCAGCAAAACACACUUCAUUUUACAAUUGUAAAAAAAAUGUAUCAGAAUGGAUUAAUAAUAAUGACAGUGCAAAAUAUAAAAAGCAUGACGGUAAUUUUGUAGAUUUGGAAACUAUUAAUCCACCUGAACAUAUUUUAUCUUCAGUCAAAGAUGAUGCUAAUAAGGUUAUUGAGAAUGCUAAAAGUUUAAAUGAAGACAUACCUAUGCAGGAAGAUGAUAUAAGAAUAUGAUAUUGAGAUGUUAUGAGUAUAGACAACUUUGAAUAUAUAUUUUUAAACGAACCUGAACAAGCUACAGUCAAUAUUCAAAACAAAAUAAUAUCAAAUACAAUUUUCGAAUCUGAGACUAUAGAAGAAGUUGAACAUUUUCAAAAUGAAUGUGUAGAAACAGUUGAGUGUGUUGGAGUUUUUGAACAUUUGCAAAAUUAUAAUGAUCAGGAAAAAGCAAAUGACAUAAUAAAUGAUGUGCCUGAAAUCUGUAUGUCUAUAGUUGAAGAAAAUGUUCAUACACGAAAUGAAAAAAAAAGAGAGUCAUUCCCGAAUGGAAUGCGAUUCGGACCAUGCGAAAAUUGA